AGAAGGCUGUAGGUAGUGGAGUGACGUCGCCGGAAACAUAUCACGCGUUCCUUCCGGUUGUGCGUGAGUACCGAGCGGAGCCGAGACCCAGCGGAGCCUGAAUCCCGAUAAGACAAGAUGGCCGGGCUGCCCCGCAGGAUCAUCAAGGAAACCCAGCGCUUGCUGGCAGAACCAGUCCCCGGGAUAAAAGCAGAGCCAGAUGAGAGCAACGCACGUUAUUUUCAUGUGGUCAUUGCAGGUCCACAGGAUUCCCCCUUUGAGGGUGGGACAUUUAAACUUGAACUAUUCCUUCCAGAAGAAUAUCCAAUGGCAGCUCCUAAAGUACGUUUCAUGACCAAAAUUUAUCACCCUAAUGUAGACAAGUUGGGAAGAAUAUGUUUAGAUAUUUUGAAAGAUAAAUGGUCCCCAGCUUUGCAGAUCCGUACAGUUCUGCUAUCAAUCCAGGCUUUGCUAAGCGCUCCCAAUCCAGAUGAUCCUUUAGCAAAUGAUGUAGCAGAGCAGUGGAAGACCAAUGAAGCCCAAGCCAUAGAAACAGCCAGAGCAUGGACUAGGCUAUAUGCCAUGAAUAAUAUUUAAAUUCGCUCUGAACAUCAAGUGUGCAUCACUUCUCCUAUUCUGCCAAGACCUCUUCUCUUUUUUCUUUUGUUUGCAUUUAAUGGACACAGUCUUAGAAACAUUACAGAAUAAAAGCCCAGACAUCUUCAGUCCUUUGGUGAUUAAAUGCACAUUAGCAAAUCUGUGUCUUGUCCUAAUUCACUGUUGUAACGCAUGAGCAGAGGCUAGAAAUAUCAUCUGGAUUGUUGUGAAAUUGUUUAAAAGCAGUAGCACAUCUCUGCUUUGAAUAACUUUUUCCAUCAUGAUUUAAGUAUAAGCACUGUGAAUGAAGGUAGUCAGGGUUAGCUGCAGGGUUUUUUGUUUUAAUUUUGUGUGCUCCUCCUCUUCCCUUUUUUUAUGGUGAUGCUAAAUGCAUUGGUUAAAGCAGCUAACCAGUUACACUUUAGGAUAUGCCCUCUAGCCAAGUCUAACUUAGAUGCUGUAGAUGGACAAGCUUGAUUGUUUGAACAAAAAUGGGAACAUUAAACAUCCAUCACCUUCACUAAUAAUAUUGUGAUUCUGCUGUCAAGUGUAGAAACCUCCUUUCAAGAAAAAGCUUGUGACCAUUUUGUAUGGCUUGUCUGGAAGAUCUUCUGUAAAUCUUAUGUUUUAGUAAAAUAUUUUUUGUUAUUCUACUUUGCUGUUGUACAGUUUAUUUUGCUGUGGUUUUCAUUUCUCUACUGUGACAAUUGUAUUUAAAAAAUUGAAACCAGAACAGAACAAUUUGUCAUCUCCAGUCUGACAGAUUAAAUAGUAAGAGGAAGAAUUUUCAAAUUCCCUUACUUUGGUUGCUGCUGAUUUGUAUUACUAGCUCAUGCCACAGUGUGUUCCUAAAUUGGCUGAGAUAGUACAAAAUUAUAUUAGUAGCUGAUUCUUUCAAAAUGAGCCUCUGAUAAGUAUAAUUUAUCACAGUCAAAGGUUUGACAAUGCAUUAACAUGUAUAUACAUAACAUCUUAUGUAACAUUAAAGCAGGAGGCUAACAGAGCAAAUGACAGCAGUAACUGGGUAAAUGUGUCACUUGUCUGUUUUGUGCUGAUUAUCAGGUAUUACACUAUGCUCUUUAAUUCUAACUCGUGUCUCAAAAAAAGCAUAUAAAACACCAGUGUACAAUACAGCUGUUACAGACCAGCUAAUCAGUCGAUUGACAUUUGCUAAGCUACUUUCAACUAGACCCAACUGAUCUUAUCUAUAAGCCUAAGUAAGCUAAAUAUCACAAGAAAGGUUUAUUCAUUUGGAGGAAGUAAUAGCUUCUUGCUUCCUUGCUAUUACAUUUAUAAUUUUUUUUGUCUCUCUUGGAAGCCCAUUUUAAUUUCUUCAGUUCAACUUUAUAUCCCUUUAAAUGCUUUCUUUCUUUGUUUUUUUUUUUCUCUUCUUUCCUCCACCCCCACCCUCCAGGAAUGUUUUCUGAUCUCUAAGCUUUCAGUGUGGCCAGUCUGAACUGUAUAAAUGACAGCCUACAGUGGGAAUGUAUGUCUUGCAAUUCACGGUGAUGGUUAUGUAGUCCGUUGGUAUUCUCUGCCUCCCACACUCCUAUUCUAGUAUCAUCUGGAGUUUCUAUAGAAUGUGGUGUAUUUAUUGUGCUCUUAUGUAAGAUGAAGAUUAUCUAUUAAAGUUACAUUUUCAACAUACAAAUGCUUUCAGUGACUGGUAACUGGUAUUGUCCCUCAAAGUGCACUGCAUAGUAACGUCAUAAAACUUGGUUCAGAAUAAUCUAGUUCAGCACAAGAUUAAGACACUUAAAAAGCUGGGUUUAAAGUUAGAUUUCCUUAUUGGGUGUAGUUUCUCACAUCUGUGGCUUGCAGCAGAUCUUGUGUCUUAUUCAGGUUAAGUAGGCCUCUUUACUGUAACUAACAAAUCAGGUUUUUUGUUUAUUGAUGAACAUUUGUGCAGUUUAGUUGGUGAAAUUCUCUUGCAUGUCAUUAUUUGGGGGACUAGUUAACUGAGCAUACAUCUACCCUUAAUUGUACAGUAACUGAUUUUUAACAUGGUAGAUGGCUCUUCUGAACUCUUCUAAAAUGAAUUUAGCUAAAGAUACACUUUAAAAAAACAACACCCUUUUAAUACUACUACUGUUCACAUUUACCAAUGGAUGCCUUUAUUAGCAUACUCUGAAUAUGUAAUUGAAUGGAAAAAGUACUCCUCCAGUCAAGCCAUGGUAAAGGAAUGGGGAGUGCAGUAAACUUCGUUGUGUGUGUAUAUAGAGGUGCCAAUGCAUCCCAGGUUUUUAAAGAUUCUUAAUGAGUCUGGAAUGUAGCUGAGAGAUCUACUGGUUGAGUGUUGAAUAGCUUCCCAACCUGCUUUUUCUCUGUGCAGUUAGACAAUGUAAAGCUGUGGGUAAAUAGCUUUGAUGUCUACAGAUUUAAGUUGUUUAGAAGGACAUGCCCUUAAAUGCUUAUUUUAAAAACAAUUGUAGAUUCUAAAAACUUCACAUGGCAUAACUUCAGUGAUAUCCACCAUGAUUGUAAGAAUCUGUAAGUGGACUUCAAGUCCACAAUAAAUUAAAGCAAAGUAGGAUUUAUGAAAAUAUAAUUUUAUAUUACAAUAGUCACUUAACAUCUGAAUCUCAUGCUUUUAAUGAAGCUUAAAAUGCAAUGUCAGAUAUUUUCUGUCUUGUAUCAAGUGAUGCUUGCAGAUAUUUGACUUCCUGACUCAUAUUUGAGAAUGUUUGAAGUUCUUAGCUCAUCUGUAUAGUUGCCUGAAUUAUCUGAAACCAGAUUAAUGGAAUUUAUUUUUCAAAUGGUGGUUGGAGAUGCCCCACUAUGUUUUGUUAUCUAAUGUUCAUUCCAUCACCUCUAGAAUUAAAAUUUGCCACAAGUACAAGUGUGGUUGCCUUACCAUAAUGAGUACUAGUUAGAAUUGUUAACCUUUGCAGAAGAAUUACAGUAAGUGUUUCCUUUUAUAGCUUUCCUUCAGUGCUAUUGGUGCUAAGAGCUAACUGGCCUGAAAGCCUAAACAAGAGUUGAAGCUAUAUUUUACAGAUGAUGAUUGUGUAGGUAGAAGGCAUACAUUGUAAACCAGACCCUACUUUUUUUUUUUUUUUUUUUUUUUUUUUUGCAAUAACUAACUUUAAUCUAGGUCAAGGAAAUACACUGGAAGGUCCUUUGUUCUUGCAUUUAACAUUCUGAAAUCUGAACUGUCAUUUUUAAACAUUUAGCCAUGAUUUUACAUGGAAAUGAGGUUGUGUAUAAAUCACUUAGAACUGAUAGAAUAAAUGUCUUGGAUAUUAGGUGACUUCUGUAGCCUAAAAACAGUGAAGUGUUGCUUCUAUAGCUUUCAAGAAAGCGUAUCUCCAACACAUUAUGGUUACUGUAAAACAUCUUAAUGGAAUAGUAAAAUCGAAAGUUGUGAAAUUUCCCUCAAUGUGUGUGUUCCUACUUGGAAUUAUUUUGAGGGUUACUUUAAAAUAAAAUGUGUUAAACAGAACCUGUCGUGACUGUAACGUAAUGGACACUUGAAAUAAAAGGAAGCGUGAUUAUUCAUUGCA